UGAAAAAAACAAACGCCAACAAUCUAUUAUGCUUAAUAAUGACUCAUAUAUAAGAAUAGUUUGCUCAUUUCUUAUGCUUUGUUAAUUGUUGUUGUAUGCUAAGAGAGGAUUGAUGUUUCUAGUGAUGUGCUAGGAAUGUUCUCAUGUAUAGGAUGUAUCGGAUCUUGAGGUUAAGAAAUAGAGAUUCACAUUUCCAUUCUUAACACAACAUAAAUAAGGAUUAAGGCUAAUGAAAAAGAGUUCACAUAUUACACAUUUUACUAAUUAAUCAUGGUGAUUAGAUAAAGGUAACAACUAAAAGUCAUUUUAACCGCACUCAAUAUUACGAGCUUGUUAGAACACUGUAACACAAGUGUUCUCUUCCAGUUUAUCAAUGGAGGAAACUGGUAAAAUCCCAUGGACGAUCUUCUUCUCUCAUCCUCUGUUCUCUUGUUUCAUUUCACUCUACACUAUAUUUCUUCUUUAUUUCCCUCAAGAUUCUCUUCGAAUUCUUAUUUCCCAUGUCCCUCUCCUCAUCGGAGCUUUCUUAAUCUCCUGCCUCCAUCUCGGGUCGACCCGGAAAUCCAUUGCCCGACCCGGAAGCAAUGAGGAUUCGAUAGGACCUGAACUCAAAACGGGUCUCGGUUUAAACCCGGAUUUUAUGGAAUGGAACUUUAAAUUGGGAGCUCCAUUGGAAGUUAUUCACAAAGAAGAAGAAGAACAGUCGAUGACGGGUGUAAAAGAUCCGACCCGGUUCGUGAUGAUCAAGAGGUUUCCAUCGUUAUCGAUGUUUAACCCGGAAUCUGAUUCCGAAUUGGACCGCGAUUUCCCGGUUAUGAGUGAAAAUGAUCCAACCCGGUUCGUGAGGCUGGAAAGGUCAAUUAAACCGGAAUCUGAUAUGGAUUACGACUCCGAAUUGGACAACAAUUUGGUUAUUGAUGUAAAAGAUCGAACUCGGUUCGUGAAGGUGGAGAUAUUCCCAUCGUUGUCAAUCUUUAAACCGGAUUCGAAUUCCGGUUCGCCGGAGAAAUUGCGUUGUAUAUACGAAAUCAAAACGGAAACGCUUUUUGUAGUUUUAUAUUCCUGGAGAACAAUAUUCUAACAACUUGUUUUGGCAGCAAUAUUCUGAUUUCUGAGUAUAAUUUGAUUCGUCAAGUAAAAUCUAAUUUUAUAAUUCUCAACAAACAAAC